AUGAUAGCGGAAAGAUUUGAACGGCUGCCUGAACUUGACAGGAAAAUUUUCACCUAUGGCCCCAUGUAUCUGGGAGGUAAUGGGUCAUUAGUAGGACUGAUUGCCAACAGCUUAUACAGGAGAGCACUGAAUGUCACUCAAGGGCGUUUUACUUCAAAUCUCCCAAUGGCUGUCCUACCGUUCUUGACAACAUUGGCCAUGUAUGAUGUAGCUGUAUCCAAACCAUUUAUUGCAGGUGACCUUAAUUGCCCAACCUGUGUCCUGAUAAGAGGUGCACUUGUCAGCGCAGUUGGUGCUGGCGUAUAUCCUAUUCUGUUGGCUUUGCCUGUGAAUGCAGGCCUUGCAACCAGGUACAACACUGCACCAAUGCCAGAAAAGGGAAACUGUGUUGUAAACGUCCUCCGUUUUGGGAUGAACAUUACCCAACCCAUCCUGAGGAAAAGGGGUGCUGUGAUUGUGCUACAGUUCUUUGGCACCURCCUAAGCUCCAGACAUUUUGACAGCUACUUGAAGUUGCUUCAGUUGUCCACCUCAGGUGACAAGGAACUUGAGGAUUAA